AAAAGAGUGCGUUUGGGUUAUUUUUACUUGCACUCGAGAACGAAGUCGAGAAAGAACCAAGAUUUUGUGCGAAAUUAAGGGAGACAUUCGCAGUGGUUGGAAAAGAAUCCUGGAUCAAUACAAAAGAAGAGUAUCGGAAUAUUUUCGAUAGUCUUGUCAAUGAAUUCGCCUCUCAAUAA